CGGGGGCCGGGGGUCGACCGCAUCACGCCGUCGCUCCCUCCCCCCCCCCCCACCCCGCGCGCGCGACGCGUCCGUCCCGACGACCGACGACCGACGACGACGAUGCCACCGUCGCCGCGUCUCCCGCCCCUGGAGGCGAGAGGCCGCAAGUCGCCGUUCUUCUUCUUCGUGCUCAGCCUCCUGAACAUCGUCGACGCGUUCGGGCUGAACGUCGUGUGGCCGAUGCUGCCGUUCAUGGUGGAAUCCUACGGCGUCGCGUCCUCCGAGAAAGACCUCGGCGCGUGGGUCGGAUUCGCGGGCGCGGCGACGAGCGUCGGGCAGCUCCUGUCGUCGUACCCGUGGGGCGUGGCCGCGGAUCGAUUCGGCCGACGGCCGGUGAUGCUCCUCGGGAUGUUUCUGAGCACCUUCUCCGUGCUCGUCUUCGGCACCGCCGGGAGUUACGCGCAGUGCGUCAGCGGGCGGUUCCUGACCGGGCUGUUGAACGGCAACGCCGGGGUGGUGAAGACGUACAUCGGGGAGACGACGGAUAAAACGCAGCAAGCGCGGGCGUUUUCGAUAUUCGCGAUGGCGUUCGGCGUCGCGUCGUGCGUCGCGCCCGCCGUGGGCGGGUUUCUGCAGAGACCCGCGGAGCGUUGGCCGGAUACGUUCGAGGGCACCGUCUUCGAGCGGUAUCCGUUCUUGCUGCCGAUGCUGUUCGCGGGGAUGUUAACGCUCACUGGCGGGGUGUUAGGGUUUCUGUAUGUCCCGGAGAGCGCGUCGCAGUGGCGGCGGAUGGAAGCGAAGGCGAGCGGAGGCGACGCGGCGUACUACGCGAGGGUCGGCGACGACAACGACGACGACGACGACGACGAGGGCUUGUCCACGAGAGGAUGGAACGCGCACACGGUCGAAGCGAUCGCGUCGUACGCCGCGCUCGCCGCGAUCGCGAUCGGGUACGACGAGAUCUUCCCGGUCUACGCCAAGACGUCGACGUCGUUGGGCGGACUCGAGCUGAGCGCGGGUGAAAUCGGCGCCGUCCUCGUGUUCGGCGGCGUGACGCUCGUGACGUUUCAACUCUUCCUGUUCCCGAGGGUUCUGAAAGCGCUCGGCGUGACCGGCGGGCUGCGGUUCGGCGCGGUCGCGUUCGCGUGCGUCGCGCUCAUCGCGCCGACGGCGGCGAUGGUGGACGAGGACGACGUCGUCGCGCGUUGGGUCGUGCUGUUGCUCUCGCAGGCGUUGAAAAUUUGCACGCUCGCGCUUCUCUUCACGACGAUCAUCAUGGCGGUGAACAACUCGUGCGUGAACGCGUUCAAAGCGCGCGUGAACGGCGUCGCGACGUCCGUCGCCGCGCUCGGGAGGAUCAUCGCGCCGGUGGCGUGCGGCGUCGUGUACAGCUGGUCGUUGCGGAUGGGCGAGAGAGGGCAGCAGUACGUGGUGUUCGGGUUCGUCGCGGCGUGCGCGGCGGGGUUACGCGCGCUGGUGGGGCGGCUGCCGAGGGCGCUGGACGACGCGCCGAGGGAGGUUGACGACGCGGAGGAGGAGGAGGAUGAGGAGGGCGAUGAGUGAGCGCGAUUAGGAAUACCCUUAGUUUUUAGCACGUCGUAGCGGGUGAAUGCCGUUU